UUUUAACAGAAAUAACGUCCACGUUUAUCACCCCAUACAUCAUACUCUCGGUUUAUAGAUGUUCUGCACGAGUUAUGCUCCAUUUUAAACGACAACACUGUCUUAAACCUGAAAGUGGGUCUAUUUGUCCGUUGCAGUGACAGGCAGUGUUUCGGUCUCUCUUAAACAUGGCCACCAUGAUGGAGUAAACGCUACAACUUUAAAAUUCAUAUAAUCGAGGAAAACUAUGCUUCUUUCGCCCAAAUGAGGAAUGUUUCGACCUGAAAUAUCGCACCAAACGCUUAAUCCACAUGAGAGCUUUGGGAAAAGUUUCUUCUUGGAUUACAUUCUGAAUUAAGUUGGCUGGAAGCUGGAAAGGAAAGAAGAGAAUUGCAUCAAUUCCAAUGUCAUCAGAGGAAAAGAGUCUGGAGCCCUCUGAGCAAGGACCAUCUCCUCCCCUGAGCAGUGCUGGGGCCACACCCUCAGGGAGCCCGGCCCCCUUAGACAGACGCCCGCGGGGCCGGCCACGCAAGGAUGCUUCCUCUGUCACAGUCACACCCAAGUCCAGAAGAAAGUCGCGUAGUCGAGGUUGUGUACAGGCCGAUGAUGAGGACAGCAUGGAUGCCACUGAUGUCACACCAACUCCAGACAUUGAAAUCACACCAGAGAUUGAUGUGGUGGAGCCAGAAACCGACGAUGAAUUCCCUGAGCCGCUGGAUCUCAGCCCCAGAGACGAAAGGCCUCUGUCACCGCUCUUUCAGCGCUCCGUCUCAGAAGACUCCGCUGGCUCGUCCGCUUCCACCACCCGAAAAGCCAAAACUAGAGAAAAGCUCUGUGCCUUCUGCUACUGUGGAGAAAAGAGUCUCUUGGGUCAGGGAGAGUUAAAACUAUUUGGACCCACGCCUGGUUACGUCCCCCUGCACAUCCGGAACCGCCGCGGCAGCUCAGAGAAGGACGACGAUUACCAUGACGACGACAAUGAUUUCGAUGACAAUGACAACAACCGCAGCCCAGGGCAUCGCGGGAGUGGCCUAAAAAAGGUCAGUUCUCCAGACAGCGGCCUGCACUCAACCUCUGCUCCUGGUAGUACAGACCCUGCUGCGGAGGAGCCUGGACGCAAGUUCUGGGAUGAACUGGGCCAAAUAGGCCUUCCUGAUGAAAUCAAUGUUGCAUUUUUAUUUGACCCCACUGGCCAGUGUUGUGCUCACCUGCGAUGUGCAGCCUGGUCGGAGGGUGUAUGCCGUGGAGAGGGACAGUCGCUGCUGUAUGUCGACAAAGCAAUUGACUCAGGGAGCACAGAGUGCUGUGCAUACUGUAAGCGCCUUGGAGCAUCCAUAAAGUGCUGUGAGGAGAGCUGCGGGCGCUCUUUUCAUUACCCCUGUGCAGCUGCUGCCGGAACCUUCCAGGACAUAAAGACAUACACUCUCCUGUGCCCGGAUUACAUCCAACAAGCCCUCGUCCGAUCGAAAGAUGGUGUGAAGUGUCUGGUGUGUGACAGUUCUGGAGACUUACUCGAUCAGCUCUUUUGCUGCACAUGUGGUCAGCAUUACCAUGGGACCUGUCUGGAUGUCACUGUCACCCCGCUGAAGAGGGCUGGCUGGCAGUGUCCGGAGUGCAAAGUUUGCCUCUCAUGCAAAAACCCAGGGGACGACAGCAAGAUGCUGGUGUGUGACAUGUGUGAUAAAGGGUAUCAUACCUUCUGCCUGCAGCCCAUCAUGGAAACAAUACCCACCAAUGGCUGGAGGUGCAAGAACUGCCGGACAUGUGCUCAGUGUGGCAUGAGGCCUAACGGCCAGUGGUCGUCUAAUGGUGUAAUGUGUGAAGGAUGUCAACAACAGCAUGAAUCAGCGCUUCUCUGCCUCAUCUGUGGGCAGAGUCAGGACUCCGGCAGCCCUGCGGACAAACACACAUGCUGCACAUGCAAGAGAUGGGUUCACGUGGACUGUGUGAGGCAGGAGGGCACUAACCCUGACACCCAGCUUCAGGAUGGGUACACCUGCAGAGCAUGUAAGCAGGUGGAGGAGGAGACCAGACACAGUCAACCUGUCAGCAGCCAGGAGGCUUCUCUCACUGACCCAGAGCCAGCCGAAGAUGUCUUCAUGUCUGUAGAGGAAGUACAGGAGGCUGAGGGGGAAGUGGUGUUGGAGCCAGAGCCCAGUGCAAGUCCACUUGCUACACUGCCAGACAAUUUUCUCUCCUCUACUGAACCUGCCCAGGAGAUCCAGGUUACUGUCACUCUGACAGAGGGUCCCGAUCCUCCUCCGUGCUCUUCCACUGCAGUGGGUGUAUCGUCCUUCUCCUUCCAGGCCUCCACCACUACUGAAGACCACAUCCAGGAAAGCAGUCUCAUCGGUGCUUUGGAAAUGGGGAAGGAAAGCGAGGAUAAACUACCUGAAACUACAGAGGAGGAACCCGAACCGAACGUUUCAAAAGCUCUUCCUGCUUUGCCAACCAAAGAAACGUCCCCCAUGCACACUCUGGCGCAAGAGGAGGAACCUAUGGAUGUGUAUUCCUCGGACCCCUACAGUAUGAAGGAUAAAAGGAUGACAGAAGCUGCUGUCGAGGAUCCUGAGCAGAAACAAGAGCAUGAAAAGCCGGAGGUACCAGAUCCCGAGGUCACUUCUAUCAUACCUGAGCCUGAAAGUGUCCCGCUGAUCCCAGAGAGCAGUCCUACCAUGGAAAUGGACACUACACCUGUCAGCGAGCGCAGUUUUUCCAGCUUCAGCUCCCCCGUUGAGGAUAAGUGCCUCGUCUUGAAACAUUCCCCGGGGCUCUCCUCUGAAGGCUCAAUCAAGUUGACCCAAUCCCCUUUUUCCACCGAAGCCUCACCCAGGGGGUCAUCUCAGAACCAGACGCCUACCCACGGCCUGAAUGCAGCGGGGUUCAGCCCCAAUGUUUCCAACACAACGUUCUUCCCCCUUACGCCCAAGAUAGGUAUGGGAAAGCCAGCCAUCUCCAAGAGGAAGUUCUCUCCGGGGAGACCAAGGGUAAAGCAGGGUGCAUGGAUUAACCGUAGCGCAAUGAGCUCGCCGUCCUGGUCGCCAGAGCGCUCGGAUGCUUGGGACAGCCCUAAGACCAGGCCGAUGCACGGGCUGCCCGUCUGGACCAUGAGAUUGGGUCGUGGAUCUGGCUUUCCUGGAAGGCGACGACCCAGGGGAGCUAACCUGUCUGGAAGAGGUGGCAGGGGACGCUCCAGGCUAAAGAUGGAGAGCAGCCCUGUGGUCACCCCAGGGCUGAGUUUUCUGGAUUCUCCAUAUGUGGUAAAGGAAGAGGAGGAGAACUCCAUGCACAACACUGUAGUCAUGUUCUCCACCUCUGAUUCCUUCACACUUAAACAAGAUAUGUGUGUUGUGUGUGGGAGCUUCGGUCGGGGUGCCGAGGGUCGACUGCUUUCCUGCUCCCAGUGCGGCCAGUGCUACCACCCCUUCUGCGUCAAUAUUAAGAUCACAAAAGUUGUGCUGAGUAAAGGCUGGCGCUGUCUGGAGUGCACAGUGUGUGAAGCAUGUGGGCAGGCCAGUGACCCCGGGCGAUUGCUGCUCUGUGAUGACUGUGACAUUAGCUACCAUACAUACUGUCUGGAUCCACCACUGCAGAAUGUACCCAAAGGCAGCUGGAAAUGCAAGUGGUGUGUAUUGUGUACUCAUUGUGGUGCCACGUCGCCUGGCUUGCGCUGCGAGUGGCAGAAUAACUACACACAAUGCGGCCCGUGUGCGAGUCUCACAGUGUGUCCCGUGUGCACGCGCAGCUACAGAGAGGAAGAGCUGAUUCUACAGUGCCGGCAGUGUGACAGAUGGGUUCAUGGCUCAUGUCAGGGACUGAACUCCGAUGAAGAUGUGGAGAACGCAGCGGAUGAGGGCUUUGACUGCACUCUGUGUAGAAUGCACACCGUGCCCACACCUGGUGCCGCAGUGCCAAAGCUGGUGGAGAUCAGCGAACCUCCAAUGGUGGCACAGAUUCUAACAAAAGUCAAGGAAAACGAAUUCCAGCGGACGUACACUCAGGAUGGCGUGUGUCUGACUGAGUCGGGAUUGUGUCAGCUCCAGAGUUUAUCUGUCCAGACCACCCGCCGCAAGCGACCCAAACCCAAACUUAAGCUGAAGAUCAUCAAUCAGAACAGCGUGGCAGUGCUGCAGACGCCUCCUGACGCCCAGUCGGAGCUCUUCAGAGAUGGAGACCUGGAUGACAGUAGAGAGGGUGACCCAAUGGACUGCGAUGGGAAAUCUGACUCCAGCCCAGAGCGUGAGCACUGUGAUGACCACCUGAAAGGGGUCGACGACAGCAACAAGAAGAGGAAGAGGAAGCCAUACAGGCCGGGUAUCGGUGGGUUUAUGGUGCGUCAGAGAAGCAAGGCAGGACAAGGAAAAGGCAAGCGGUCUCUCAGCCGGAAAGACUCCACAAGCUCGCUCACAGAGAACCUCACGGGACGGGAUGAUGGUUGGAAUGAACCAGACACUCCUGUGGACGGAGCUCCUCCUAUCAUUAGUGAGCCCCUGGAGAAAGUCAAGAAAAGAUAUAGGAAGAAAAAAACCAAACUCGAGGAGGCGUUCCCUUCGUAUCUACAGGAGGCAUUUUUUGGGAAAGAACUUCUGGAUAAGAGCAAGCAGACCAAGUCAGCUUUGGAAACAGGAGCUGUGGAAGAAGCCAGUCAUACAGACAGCAAAUCACAGAGCAGCAGCUUCCUAGACCCUUUAUCUGACCCGCUUCUGAGCGCCACCUCCACUCCAGUCUCAUCUAAAGCGGGGACACUGCCCAAUGUGGAGGAUCCCUUAACCGAGCUGGUUCUACAUUCAGAUGAUGAUCUCCUGGGAAUGCUGUCUGAUGACCUGGUGAAGCCAGGCCAUGAAUCAGGUCUUGAUUUAUGCCCUUUCCAGGUGGACAGUUCCCCCUCUCCAUUCGCUGGUUUAGACAUUGGCACCCUGCCAGAUGAUCAGUCAGUUCCCCCUCAUCCUGGCCCUGCUCGAGGAUCUCGACUACAGGAAGAACCUCUGGACGUAAUACUGAGCCCUGAGCUGGAUAAGAUGGUUUCUGAUGGGGCUAUUCUGAGUAAGCUCUACAAAAUCCCAGAACUGGAGGGUAAAGAUGUGGAAGACUUGUUCACAGCAGUUCUCAGUCCAAACGCCAGCCAGCCGCCUCAGCUUCCUCACCCACCCAACACUGCCCCCAACGCCUCAGCACCAGCAAUGUCUCUCCAGAACCAAGGAGGUGUUGGUGGAAUGUUCCCACGCAUGCCUAUGAUGAAUGGCAUGAUGGGGCCAAACACCCACUUUCCUCCGAACCCUAUGAUUCCUGUAGCUGGAGUCUCUGGUACAUUCUCUUCCGUUCACCGUAUGCCUUUUCCAGAAAAUGUCAGGGAGAAGAAAUUCAGCCAGACAAGUGGUGAUGUCAUUGGUCCUUGGUCAUCUCCUGUACCUGUGCCUGGAUCAGUCCCUCCACCAGAGGUGGAGACUGACACCAUGUCCAAUGCUCAGAGGAGCACAUUAAAAUGGGAGAAAGAGGAAACUCUUGGUGAAAUGGCUACUGUUGCUCCUGUGCUUUACACCAAUAUGAACUUUCCAAAUCUUCAAGAUGAAUUUCCAGAUUGGGCAACUAGAGUGAAGCAAAUUGCUAAGUUAUGGAGAAAAGCAAGCUCUCAGGAAAGGGCACCUUAUGUGCAAAAGGCAAGAGACAACAGAGCAGCCCUUCGUAUAAACAAAGUUCAGUUGUCUAAUGACACAAUGAAAAGACAGCAACAGCAGCAAGCAGUUGAAGUCUUUGAUCCAAAUGUUUCCAUGGACACAGAUCUUCUCUUCAAGGACCCGCUCAAGCACAAGGAGUCUGAGCAAGAACAAGAGUGGAAGUUCAGACAGCAAAUGAGACAAAAGAGCAAACAGCAAGCCAAAAUUGAAGCCACACAAAAAUUAGAACAGGUUAAAAAUGAGCAGCAGCAACUUCAGAAACAGCAGCAACAACUGCAAUAUAGCGGAGACGCAUCAAAUAGUCCCCAUACCAGCAGUGGAGGUAAUUCUCCUUUACAAGCAUUAACCCCCAAGGAUAGCUUUGCAAUGACCCAAAUGCCUGGAACAGCGUCAUCUGGUACAUCAGCUGAUGAUGUAUUUCUGCGACCUCAACCUCCACCCCUUUCAUCUACAUCAAAGACCCCCACCCAGGACACUCAGUACCCACAGGGACCCUCAUCUCAGCCUCAGUCUCCUCAAAUGUUUUCACCUGAAUCAUCCGGGUCUCGUCCGUCUUCUCCAUAUGAUCCAUAUGGCAAAAUGGUAGGAACACCUAGGCCACCACCAUCUGGGUCAAGCACACCUCGCAGAGGUUCUGUGUCUGACAUGCAAGAAAGAUGUCGGCCCUCAUCAGCUCAUGAGUCAUUCGGGUCUCCAACAACCACUAGCACUGACCCAUAUGCAAAGCCUCCAGAUACACCUCGACCUUCAGAUCCAUUUGUGAAACCUAUGUGUACUCCAAGACUAGGGUCAUUAUCUGAGCAACAAGGUCGACAAUUGAUGGGGAAUGUCACUCCUGGAGACAAUUUUUCCAGACCAGGCCAAAGGUCAGAAGCAUACCAGCGCAUGGCCCACAGCCGCAUGGUUCUCUCUGACCCCUACUCUAGGCCGCUGUUAACACCUGUUCCUGGGAGUAAUGAGUCUGGAUCUGUGCCAGUGUUCAAAACACCCAUGCCUCCUUCCGGUUUACAGCAAGAUUCAUUCAAUGGAGGUCAGCAAGGCAUGAGAAGGGGGUCAUCUGACACUUUCCCUCAUGUUCAACAUACUGACACUUAUUCAAAUCAGCCUCUCACACCACAUCCAUCAAUGGCAGAUGGUAUCAAUAAUGAGGGCAGAAUGAUGCGCCCAGGACAAGGGAGUCAUUUUGCUCAACCUUUGUCCAUGGGCAGGCACCCUCAACGAGAUCCAUAUUCGCAGGCACCCUCUACACCAAGACAAGACUACCCUCAGCAAAUGUCUGAUCCAUAUGCCCAGAUGCCUGGUACACCACGACCACAUGAUCCAUAUGCCCAGAUGCCUGGUACACCAAGACCAAACUGUGAUCCAUAUCCACUGCCACCACCCACAACUCGAACAGAACCAAUUGAUAAGUUUUCUCAGUCUCAACCUAGCAGUCGCAGACAGUCUCCUUCACAUGCUAUUGAUCCAUAUGCUCAGAUGCCAGGUACUCCUAGGCCUUCUCCUGGAGAAAGAUACUCAAAAUCUCCAGGUAGUCUGAGAAGCUCAGAUCCUUUCUCACAACCUCCUGGAACUCCUAGGCCAAUAAAAAAUGAAAUUUAUGAUCAACAAGGAACACCAAUGCCCAUUCUUCCUGACCCUUAUUCUCAACCCCCUGGCACACCUCGUCCAGGAGCUGGCCUAGAAGGCUUUUCCAGACUGAAUCCCAGGUUGAAUUUCAUAACCCAUCAAACGGAUCCACUUGGACUUCAAGCACAAAGUAGAACUCAGGACCCUUUUUCUCGUUCCUGUGGCACUGAUUCUCAAACUCCAAAACAUCCUGGGAUUUCAGAUGAAAAUAUCUCCAUACAGCAGACAAUUCCUAACCAGACACCCAUUCAUGAUCCAUUUGAACAAGCACCAUUAACCCCAUGUUCACAAACAGGAGAGAGAUCAUCACAGGAUGUUAUAGUAAGCACAGGGAACCCAUCAGAUUCGCAAAACACAAUGCAGCCACCACUUGGAGAGACUGAAGAAAAAAUUAAACAGCGCCAAAGACUACGACAGUUAAUUCUUAAACAGCAGCAAGAGAAAAGUGCAAUAAGAAAGGAAAAGGGACUGCAGGAGGCAACUGCUUCUGCUGCACCUGGGACUCCAAGACAUUGGUCACAAGAUGAUUCUGGUCCUCAGAGUGAUAUUUUUGGUAGACCCCCACCUCCAUAUCCAGGUACUAUGAGAUCUUCACCAAUUCACGCUGGACAAAGAUUUCCUGGAACUUUUCUUGCUGAUCAAUGUGGACCCAUGCCUAAUGAACCCCAGUGCUCCAGACAACCAUUCCCCAGAGACCUAAACAAUGUUGGCAUGAGACCGCAAGGACAAAGAUUUGCAUUUCCUCCUGGAGCUCCAAACCAAGAACAGUUUCUCAGGCCCCCACACCAGAUGCAAGGUGGCCCAUUGGUUGACAAUGUUCCACCACAUAUGAGGCGACAUCUCUCUGUUGAAGGUGUUAGGUCGAUGGGUAAUAAUCAUCAAAUAGGCCUUCCCCAGCAUUUUCCACCACGUGGCAUUCCAAUGCAGCAACAUAAUAUAAUGGGUCAACAAUUUAUUGAACUUUGCCACAGGGCUCCAGAGAACAGAGUCAGACUACCUUUUGGCCCACCUAAUGUUUUGGAUUAUCCUAAUCACCCCCAAAGGCAACCCCAUGGCUUCACAGGAAAUAUGGUAUUUACAGGGAACCAAGGUCCUAGAUUUAUUGAGCCGUUGUUAGGUCAGCCACGACAAGAAUCAAUCAGUCACUUGCAAACUUCUGCUAAUAUUGAUAAUCUGCAUCAUAAUACUACACAACAGCAGACACCACUGACAGCACAAGUUAGCCAUUCAGUCAGAACUGAUUCAGUUACUCCUGCCGAAUCUCCACUACACCCUGACACAACUUCAGGUUCAACAGAGGAAAUUCCACUGCCUUGUAGGGAUGGUGUUGAGAAGCUAGAAACUGAUGACUCUGUUGUGAAGGACCUUGAUGAUGUUGAGGUCAAAGAUUUAGUUGAUGAUGACCUGGACAAUCUGAACCUUGAUGCAGAUGAUGGCAAAGAUUUAGACCUGGAAACAAAUGACCUUCACCUCGAUGAUCUUUUGGAAUCUGGAAAAUUUGAUCUUAUUGCUUAUGCAGAUCCAGAGAUGAACCUCGAGGACAAAAAAGAUAUGUUUAAUGAAGAGUUGGAUUUGAGUGAUCAUAUAGAUGAUGAACAUGGGGAUACCUCAGACCUUCAGAAAGCCUUAUCUGAAAAAAGAAAUGCCAGGUGUGAAGGUGGCUCAGCUCAGUCUACAUUAGAGGGUGAACAAGGUCUUAAUAUUCUCAAACCAGAAAAGACUCUAUCAAAUGAGGUCUUAGAUCAUUCUCAGUCUGAAAUAACUAUCAAAACUGAGAUCCAAGGUCUUGCAACCUCGGUGGAUGAUCAUCGACCGGCGAGUUCUAAAAGCAGUCAAAAUGAUGUUUCUGGCCUUUUUGAGGACUCUUGUGAAGAUGCACACUGUGCUCCAACACUGUCAAGCUUGAUGGUCAAAGAAAAACUAGAGGACACUAGGAGUGAAUCCAUAAUUUCUGCUAUACAGGGCGACCCUAAUUCCCAGACUAAUCUUGACUCAAACAUGAGUAUGGUGAUGCUGCAAGGACAAUCUCAAGAGCACAGGAUAAAGUCGGGAGUAACAAUGGGGCACAGGGUAGAUUCAGCUCUAACCCAAGGGACACUUUUAAGUAACUCAAAUAUGAUGCACUCUGGAAACCAACAGGUUCCACUUCAAGGGUUUGGACCUUCACAAGGACAACAUAUUCAUCUAAACAUGCCUGCGGUUGGUACACAGCAGCCGGUUCUAAUAAACCCCCAAAAUCAGCAGGGCAUAUUCAGUCCUGGCAUACCAGUGCAGCAGGGGUCCCUAAUGCAACAAAGUCAGCAGAACAGACCUCUUCUUUUGGAGGAACAACCCCUUCUUCUUCAAGAUCUGCUGGAUCAAGAGAGGCAGGAACAACAACAGCAAAGGGAUAUGCAGGCCAUGAUUCGACAACGGUCAAGUGACCCAUUCUUUCCUAACAUUGAUUUCGAUGCAAUUACUGACCCAAUAAUGAAAGCAAAGAUGGUGGCUUUAAAGGGGAUCAACAAAGUGAUGGUACAGAACAGCAUGGGUAUGCCACCAAUGGUUAUGAACAGAAUGCAACAGGUUCCAGCAUCACAUGCCCCAGAUACACCUGCUUUUUCACAACCUUUCUUUGGACCGGAUGGAAAGUUGCCACCACAGAUUGCUAGACCCACCCCCCCUAAUUUUGGGCCAGGGUUUGUCAAUGAGUCUCAAAAAAAACAAUAUGAAGAGUGGCUUCAGGAAACUCAACAACUUCUUCAAAUGCAGCAGAAGUUUUUAGAGGACCAGAUUGGAGCCCACAGGAAAUCUAAAAAGGCUCUUUCUGCAAAACAGCGCACUGCAAAAAAAGCUGGACGGGAGUUCCCAGAGGAGGAUGCGGAACAGCUGAAAAAUGUGACUGAACAGCAAAGUGUGGUUCAGAAGCAACUUGAACAGAUUCGGAAACAACAAAAAGAACAUGCUGAGCUCAUAGAAGAAUAUCGUGUUAAGCAGCAACAACAGCAACAGCGUCUCCAAACUGGUAUGAUGGGUCCAAUGAAGACCAUGCCUGUAAUGCAAGGACAGCCCCCUGGAAUGAUGCCUGUUGGGCCUCCUAUGGCACAGCCUAUGAUGGGUUCUAUGUUGCCCAUGCAGCAUCCUCACUUCGGUAAGCCUUCUCGCAUGCCCAGCAUGCCAGGUUGGCAUCCAGGUACUACUGGACCAAUAAGUGGACCUAGGAUGCCACCUCACCUGCCCCCUCAAAUGGCACUGCCAAACCCUGCCCAGCCACUCCAGGCACAACCACCUGCUCCUAUUGCUCCUGGAGGUAAACCUGGGCAGUCCGGCACUGUAGCAGGUGGGAAUGGUGGUGGAGCCAGUAGUAGUGCACCACAUGUAAAGUUUGAUGAUAAUAAUCCAUUCAGUGAAGGCUUCCAGGAGCGGGAACGCCGAGAGCGACUUCGAGAGCAACAGGAGAAACAGAGGGUGCAGCUAAUGCAAGAAGUGGAGCGACAAAGGGCAUUGCAGAGGCUUGAGCUGGAGCAGCAAAGCUUGGGGCUUGGCCCCGACAAUAAUGGGGACAGUCUUGCACAGAUGCCCUUCUAUAAUUCUGACCUAUCACAAGAGUUCAUGCAAACACCCAGGCCUCAGCAGCAACAACAGCAAUUGGGCCCAUUGUUCCCUCAGCAAGGAAAUGUGCCAUGUGACUUUGUGGGUCAAGGUUCAGCCUUUAUGCAGGGUGGCGAGCACAGGCCGAUUCCUGGUAAUGGUUCCUUUGGCCCUGAGAUGGGUCCUAAUUUUCAACCUAAGAACCCCAUGAUGCCUGGUUUCUCUGCCGGUCGGCCACGUCCACCUGGGUUUGGAGGAACUAGAAUGCCACACCACGGUGGAGGUGAACCUUCCUCAUUUGGUAUGAAUUCCACAACCCCUUUACCUCCUAAUUUCCCUGGGUCAGGACAGUCUCUCAUUCAGCUUUACUCUAACAUUAUCCCAGAGGAGAAGGGCAAAAAGAAAAGGAGUCGAAAGAAGAAACGGGAUGAUGAUGCAGAUUCUGUAAAAACUCCUUCUACACCUCACUCUGACAUUACUGCCCCACUUACACCAUGUGUAUCAGAUACCUCAUCUACACCAACACGCAGUGUUGCCAUAAUGGGAGACCAAGACACGUCAGAGUUUUCCAACCCCUUAGGCUCUAUGACUGGACUGCCAUCCUCAGAGCUGGAAAUUUCACUCUCUGGCAGUACUCCACUGAGGCGACAGACAAGUGUGAGCUCAGAGGCAGAACAUGGCCUCCUCCAUGACAUCAAGCUGGAAAAGUUAGAAUCUAGUGUGUGCCAGAAAGCUGAAGGAGAAGCCCCAGUUGGACAUAGUGCAGAAGAAACUGGAAUUAUAAAAACAGAAGAAGUAAAUGAGAUCAUCUCCCACAACCGAACAUCCCAGAGUCCAGCUCAGAGCACUAAAGGGGAACCUGGGAAUGAGCUGCUCAAACACCUUCUAAAAAACAAGAACACCCCACCUCCUCCCUCAGCACCUCUCAUGCAUCAGAUGUCCAACGAGAGUUUACGAUCAGAGGAUGAAGGUCUGAAUGACAGCAAAGGCUAUUUAAGACAGGACAGCACAGAUUCUAUGAGUGGUAUCAACAGCCGUUUGACAGAUCUAGAGCCUUCACUACCAGAGCAGUGCAAAAAGAAACAGCGCAACAAGCGUACACCAAAGAAUGGUGUUGACAAACCACCUUCACGCUGGAAGAAGAGGAAGAAGGACGAGGAUGAGAGACAGGCAAUAUACACCAACACAGACACAUUAAUGACUCAGCUCAAGCAGCAGCUGUCUAUGUUGCCACUGAUGGAGCCUUUGAUUGGAGUCAACUUUGCACAUUUCCCCCCAUAUGGCAGUGGGCAACUCAAUGGAGAAAACAGACUCUCUGGUUCUUUUGGAAGUGCAUCACUGGAUGGAGUAUCUGACUACUACUCACAACUCAUCUAUAAGCAGAACAAUCUUAGCAAUCCUCCAACGCCUCCUGCAUCGCUGCCUCCUACACCACCACCUGUAGCCAGGCAAAAGUUGUUGAACGGCUUUGCCACUGCAGAGGAACUUGCGAGGAAGGCAGAAGUAAUGGUUUCAAAAAGCUUGGGUCAAAAGCAGCUCACUGCUUCAUUUAAAGCUGAAGAUGACCUGCUGGGACACACCAUCACUCAGGGCCCAAAGACUGUUGAUGUUCCUGCUUCACUUCCUACGCCACCCCAUAACAACCAGGAGGAUUUACGGGGUCAGGAGCAUUGUAUUGACAGGGACACGCCAGACAGUUUUGUCCCAUCAUCCUCUCCCGAGAGUGUGGUUGGCAUGGAGAUCAGCCGUUAUCCAGAUUUGUCUAGAGUUAAAGAGGAGCCACCAUCCCCUGCUGUCUCUCCAGUCAUUCCAAUACUGGAUUGUAAAGGUUCUGAAGCCAGACGAUGGGAAGUCAAGACAGAGCCUCCAAGCAAUUUUUUUGCUUCACAAUUUGGGCAGCUCUCUACAUGCUUAAGAACUGACCUGGUGCCUGUAUCCAUUACUCUGAACCCAGUGGCAGCAAUGAAUAUUCAAGGAGUGGUGUCAGCACUAGCAAACAUGCUUUGUGUAUCCAUACCGGGGAACUAUGAGGUGACUCGCUCUCCAGGACCAGAGCACCGCAGCUCAAUAGACAUGUUGAGCGGACUUAAGGUUCCUCAUCCAACUUCCCUGUUUCACCAACAACCUGGUAUGAGGCUCCACAGACCACCUCUGCCACAUCAAACAUUUAGCGACGGUACAGCUAUGGUCAGACGAGACUACGGUCAGAUGCAUGGAAGCAGUCUAGGAUCCAAACCACAAUGGUGCUCCCAUUGUAGGGUGGUGGUCCUUGGAAAUGGGGUUCGGAAGUCUACCAAAGAGCUGCCAAUGAAUAAACUGGGCCAUGGAGGAGCUGUGGAGAGCCUUGUCUUCUGCAGCAAUAACUGCUUAGUUCUUUAUUCGGCUUCCAUGCAGAGUAAAUUGUUAGAUGGCAAGCCAAACUUUCCGCCUCCAUCUGAGUCUGGAGACAAGCAGAAUCCCACAAAGGUGCUUCAUCAAUACAAUAACAAUAUAUCUGAUCUUGACGUCCACUGUCUGGCCCAGCUACAGCCUAAGCAGUCUCCACCCCCAACACCGAUAAUAUCCUUUCCCUCGAUCACUUCCGAGAUGCUGAGAGGAGAUUGUAAGCCUGAUACUCUAAAGGUCACAGUCAAGCUCAAGCCUAGGCCACGAGCGGUACACAAUGGUGGGGAUGAACCUCGGUAUUUAUCAGGGAAGCGUUGGAAGGCUCUACGUUGGAGAAGGUGGAGUGUUCAAAUCAUCGUACCCAAGGGUAACUAUCACCUGCCGGUGGAGGAAGAAAUUGAUGCACUUCUAAAAAAGCUGGGGACCUCUCUUAGACCUGAACCCAUGCCCAAAGACAUGCGCCGCUGCUGCUUCUGUCAUGAAGAAGGAGACGGGCUCACCGAUGGGCCUGCUCGAUUGCUAAAUCUUGAUCUGGACUUGUGGGUGCACCUCAACUGUGCCCUUUGGUCUACUGAAGUAUACGAAACCCAGGCUGGAGCUCUCAUUAAUGUAGAGCUGGCCCUGAGAAGAGGCUUAUCAGUGCGCUGUGCAUACUGUCAGCAAACUGGCGCAACAAGUGGAUGCCACCGCUUGCGUUGCACUAACGCAUACCAUUUCACUUGUGCCCUAAAAGCGCAGUGCACAUUCUUCAAAGACAAGACCAUGUUGUGCCAUCUGCACAGACCCAGAGGAACCAGCUUGAUAGGAGGUGGGCUGCUAGGGACUGAACACGAACUCCGCUGUUUUGCUGUGUUUCGAAGGGUUUACGUGCAAAGAGACGAGUCUCGGCAGAUUGCCAGCAUCAUCCAGAGGGGGGAGCGAGAACACACCUUCCGCGUAGGCAGCUUGGUGUUACAUGCAGUCGGUCAGCUGCUACCUCAGCAGAUGCUAGCUUUCCACUCAAUGACUGCCAUCUUUCCUGUGGGCUAUGAGGCUAGUCGGAUCUACUGGAGCAUGCGUCAUGGCAACCGUCGCUGCCAUUACGUGUGUUCCAUCAAUGAGAACGAUGGGAGCCCCGAGUUUGUCAUCCGUGUGGUGGAGCAGGGAUACGAUGACUUGAUUCUGACUGGAUCCUCACCGAAAGGUGUGUGGGAUAAAGUUCUGGAGCCUGUGGCGGAGAGAAGGAAUGAGACCGGAUUUCUGAGGCUCUUCCCUGUUUACCUAAAGGGAGAGGACCUAUUUGGCCUGACUGUAUCUGCAGUUACAAGGAUUGUGGAAUCUCUUCCUGGAGUGGAGGCAUGCGAGCGGUACACGUUUCGUUAUGGACGAAACCCGCUGAUGCAGCUCCCUUUGGCCAUCAACCCCUCUGGAUGUGCCCGCUCUGAACCUAAAGCUUGCACACACAUCAAGAGGUUUGUGUUAAGACCUCAUACCCUGACUAGCACGUCGAAGGCCCUGCAGUCCCCUGGGAACCCAGCUGAGAUCGGUGUCCCUCCAUACAGCAAGCAUUUUGUCCAUUCCAAGUCGGCUCAGUAUCGCCGCAUGAAUGCCGAGUGGAAGUCCAACGUCUACCUGGCUCGUUCACGCAUACAGGGUUUAGGGUUGUAUGCUGCGAGAGACAUUGAAAAAUACACUAUGGUUAUUGAAUACAUUGGUACCAUCAUUCGCAGUGAGGUGGCAAACAGGAAAGAGAAGAUGUACGAGGCACAGAAUCGUGGAGUUUACAUGUUUCGCAUCGAUAGUGAGCAUGUGAUUGAUGCGACUAUUACAGGGGGACCUGCAAGGUAUAUCAACCACUCCUGCGCACCCAACUGCAUUACUGAGGUUGUGGCUUUGGAGAGGGGUCACAAAAUCAUUAUCAGUUCCAACCGCAGAAUCCAAAGAGGCGAAGAGUUGUGUUACGACUACAAGUUUGAUCUGGAGGACGAUCAGCAUAAAAUCCCCUGUCACUGCGGUGCCGUUAACUGCAGGAAGUGGAUGAAUUGAAAGAGCUCUCCGUAAAGACGGAAUCCAUCAUAUGCAUUCCUUUCUUAGACCCGAGAAAUGUGCGACGUAGACCGCAGGACUGUAAGAGGGGGUCUAAAGGUAUGGAUUUUGACUCCAGCGUGUCUGUUUCUGGUUCAGUUGGUAAAGAGUUGACAUAGUUUAUGAUCGAGCACCUUCACCUAAAUUAAAUGAAUAGGCUGCACACUGGUAACUCUGAAUUGCAAAGACAAUGUAAAUGUGUUUUUCCUGGAUGAAAGAUGAGAUGGUGAGCGAGUGCUAAACAGGAUUUUCAGGUGGGCUUAGGCUUGAACGUGCUGGCCACAGCCUUAUUUACAUAUAUAGAGGCAGGUCCUCUGGGUAAAGAAAUAUAUACACAAAUAUAUAUAUAUAUAUAUAUAUACACAUGUAGUUACAGAAAUGUAGACACCACUGAACAAGGAAUGUACUGAGAAGACUUCCUUAGGGAUAAAGCUAAGGGAAUUAUUAACUUGCACUAAAACAGAAAGAUACCGUUUAAAUACUUGAUUCCAUGAGUCAGUUUAUUUGUUUCGUUUCACCUUUGCUUUGAUUUCUGUAAAAUAAGAGACGGCUUUUGUAUUUAUUAAGGAUCGAAGCUAUUUUUAAAGAUGCGGAAGAGCAGAGUCGAGCUGCUGGGAAAGCCUGCCGAUUGGACAGAACAUGUUACUUUAUACGAUGUGUAAAUAUCCGUCUAUAAUGAAACGUUUUUAAAUACUCGACCAAAUGUUACCUUAACUUUAUCAUAGCUGUCUGAGUGACCUUUUGUUUGUUUUCAACAAAACGACAGAAAAUAAAAUAAAAAAACGAUGAAAAAAAAAAGUCUAUAUAUUUAAGAAGGAUGUGGAGAAAUCAUUUUGAGAGUUUAUGUAUUGUAUAAAGAUGUACAGAAUCUGUAAAAAUGAAAGAAUUCAGAGUAUUUUUGUUGUAUUUAGAAUGUAGAAUCAAUAUUGUCUAAAAUGAUCUGACCACUUGAAGAACUCUUUCCUUCGUUUUUUUUUUUUUUUGCAUUUUUAUAUAUAUUUUCGCAAUCGAGAACGAGCACCAAUCAUGCCGAGGCGAUUAAUCUCUUAACUCUGUUCAUCAGAUUAGUGUGCACUGUGAAUUUCCACCCAUAAUGCGUUUAAUAAUGCUCUACUUAACUCUCUGCAGCCUAGAUGAAGUUCCAUGCCUUUCACGUUCAGAAAACUCCAUGCUUCAUAAAAUGUAACGUACGCUUCUUUCUUGUUUACAUUUAACCGAUGAGAGAGGGUUUAUUUUUAGUUUGUGGAAAACGUCAGAAUCUCAAUAUGAUGUCACAAACUCCAAUUAGCUGAAUAAUUCAAACCUGGUGGUAGCACUUUGCAGGCCGGUUUGAGAUGAAGUUUUUUCACGCGGACUGCAGUUGUUGGUAUUCUUCCGCGGUCCUGAGCUUGUAAUAUACAUGGCAUGAUGUAUUUUUUCAAUUUUUCGGAUAAAUCAAUUGUACAUAGUUUCUCAAUGACUGGAUGUAAUUAAAUUUUGUUCUUGGAUAUUUGCUUUUCUCCCCCUUCUUGUACAAUAUCCAGACAUUUAACAGUAUUUGUCUUUUUCUUUGUCCUGUAUAGUAGUAUCCGAUGUUUAAAACAGAGCUUUUUUUUGGAAGUAUACAACGUGUGGGUUUUGGAGUUUGUGGAAUCAAGAUUUAGAAACAUUUACAAAAAUAAAAUAUUUUACAUCA